AUGGCUCAGAGUGGAUUGGGUGUGGCCGACACUGUUGGUGAAAAUGUGAUGGAGAAUUUGGCGGCGGUCGUCCCCUUGGCGGUAGUCCCAGUAGCAAUUGUGGAGAAUGUUGAGAACGUGAGGGACGUGGAGGCUGACAGUGUCCAUUCCUCGGAUGAAUCGGAGUACACUCUUUCGGGUUCCCCACACUAUGCGGAUUCAGUGGCGUCAACUCUGUGGGAGUGUGAUUAUGCCUGUAAUAUUUGUGAAGCAAGAAGACGUGGUGCACGAGAAGCGGCGGGAUAUGGAGAGGAGGAAGAGGUGGGAGAGCCACGAAUCGUACCAGUGCAAGAAUCAAAUCGUGUAGUCCUUCACUGCAGAGCACUGGCUUACUACAAAUGCGGGCCGUACCGCAUUUUCUUCGACAUGGAAGCCAACGGAUACUUCUUGGGAAGAGUGAUUAUCCUACUAGGCAACGAUUUCCCAAAAGUGAAGAGACAUUUCGACAAAAUGUGCAAAGAAAAGACAACGACUCGUCAUGGAUUGUCAUUGAGCCUAAAAGGAACCGUGUUCCACCGGAAAGCCGAGGGAAAAUAUUUGGAGGGAGGAGUGUUGAAGCCGAUGCAUCCGAGGGAUACACCACGAUUCUACCAGAAGAAGCCAGUGAUUGACUCGGAGUUCUACGAUAGUUACGUGUUGGUGGCCAACAAAAAUGUGGUUGAGCCGCUCACUCAAACAUCGGCCUGGGGACGAGGUGUGGGUCUUGUUGCGACUGUCAUAGUAUUAUUCUUUGUUAUGAGAAAAGUUGACAAAGUGUACGGAGGAGGUCGUUUCAUUAUUACGACCAGUAAAGACGUGGAACACUACAGCGAGGAUCAUAUCCCACUUGGAUGCAUUAUAUGCGGAAAAGAGGUCAUUGAUAAGAUUACGGAGUAUCCAUGUGACGAGAACGGUUUCUUCUAUCACCCGAUCACGAUCAGCCACUGUGGAUCUAUCAAGAUGACUCGUGCAGAAAUGAAUGCCGGUGGACGGUUCGAGAAGACUGGAAAAACGGACAAGUUCCCGCACAAGUUUCUCAAUCGUAAACCACGUGGCAGAGACCAGAAGAGGAAUACCAACCGAGCCCCUCGUGAAAACAAUCGUGAAAGAGGAAGACCUCAGAGCCGAAGAAUCCCCGAAGGUCCACCUCCACGAAGAAACCGUCGUCGUCUGUUGGAUGCGCCGGAUCAAUAA